AUGCCGGGGCGCGGCGCGCUCUGCCUGGGGCUACUGCUGCCCGUCCUGCUGGGCUGCGGCUCGGCGCAGCCCGGCGGCUGCCCGGCCCUCUGCGAGUGCUCGGAGCCGGCCAGGACGGUGAAGUGCGUGAACAGGAACCUGACGGCGGUGCCCCCCGACCUGCCGCCCUACGUGCGCAGCCUCUUCAUCACCGGCAACCCCCUGACCGACCUGCCGGCCGGCGCCUUCCCCGCCCAGCGCCUGCCCGACCUCGCUUCCCUCAACCUCAGUGGCAACCACCUGCGGACCGUGGAGGCCGGCUCCCUCGCCCUGCCCGCCCUGCGGCAGCUGGACCUCAGCGGCAACGCGCUGGUCUCCUUCAGCCCGCAGGCCUUCGGGGAGGGCGGCAGCCCGCUGGAGGAGCUGGCCCUCCGCGGGACCCUGCGCGACCACGGCGUCCUGCUCAGCCUGGCCGCCCUGCUGCAGUCCGGGGCCCUGCGCAACCUCAGCCGCCUGGAGCUGGCCGACAACGGGCUGCUGCUGCUGCCCGCCGGCAUGUUCACUGCCCUGCCGGCCCUGCGGCAGCUGGACCUCAGCAACAACUCCCUGGUGGGCCUGCGAAACGUCUCUUUCCAGGGACUGGGCCAGCUGCAGAGCCUCAACCUCAGCGACAACUCCCUGGGUGUGCUGUGGAACAGCACCCUGGCCCAGUUCCGCAGCCUGCCCGCGCUCCGGCACAUCGUCCUGCGCCACAACACCUGGGUCUGUGACUGUGCCAUCGAGGACCUGGUGGCCUGGCUUAAAGAGAGCGACCAGGUGGAGGGCAAAGAAGCCCUGACCUGUGCCUCCCCUGACAAGAUGUUGGGCAAAGCCCUGCUGAAGAUCAAUGGCUCGGACAUGAACUGCUCCGUGCCCAUAGACCUGCCUUCCCAGCUACAGACUUCAUACGUCUUCCUGGGGAUAGUCUUGGCUCUCAUUGGGGCCAUAUUCCUCCUGGUUUUGUACUUGAACCGAAAAGGAAUCAAAAAGUGGAUGCACAACAUCAGAGAUGCCUGUAGGGAUCACAUGGAGGGCUACCACUACAGAUACGAGAUCAAUGCAGACCCCAGGUUAACAAACCUCAGCUCCAACUCGGAUGUCUGACAAAAUGCCCUGGAUGCAGGGCAGUGCAAAGCACCUAUGCAUGAAAAGUAGACUUACGCUUUACCCUCAUGCUUGCUUCCAUCUCCCCUGAAAAGUCUCAGACAUGCUUGUAACUUGAGGGGGAUAUGCCUCCCUGUUAUGUCAAGUUAAUUUUUUGUUUUGAGACACUGGACUGCUGAGCAUGGCGUUCAGCUGUGUGUAGGAAACAAGCUGCUACUUAUUUUCCUCCUCUCUUUACCUGUCUGCACUUGUGGGAAAUUUUUUUUCAGGAUGUCAAAAGAAAAAAAGGAUUCUCUCUGAUGAUCCAAAGCCACCAGAGUUUAUAAAACGUUUACUGAUGCAGACGCCAUUCAACAAAAGCUGCCUCAACUUUUUGGGAAAAAAAAAAGUGUUAUGUUCCUCUGUGCCAGUUUUGAUCUUGUAUAUCUGAAUUGAGAUGCGAUGAUUACAUUUCAUAGACUACCUUGAGAUUUUAAAAACCAAACGAACUCCUUUUAACAGCUCUUCAGAAGGAAAUCAAAUAGCGAGCAUGCACAAAUACUGUAUAGUUUUACAUGUUAGGAAAUUUAUGAUCUCAGUAAGUCUCUUACUAUUUUGUAGUUAUUUUUGAUUGCAGUUUACGUGACUUGGCAGAAUUUUUUAUACAAACUGCAUCUAAACUCCAUCUAAACUCAGUCUGAACUGUUAAAUUCAAUAAACAGUCUUACAAGAA